AUGUCCAACAGCCCGCACGUCUCCAAUGACGAGGUUAGUAUAUACAACAGCACUCCCAAAACCAUUAAUCGUCCAGCUAACAAUGGGCCCCCUCCCCCGUUCCAGUUCUUCGCAACUCUCAAAUCCCUCCUGUCCAAACAAUCUACCCAAGCCAGGGGGUCUAUAUUCCUUACGCAAAAGCGGAUGCCUAGCGCCAGCACCAACACCAGCACCAACACCACCUCCCCAUCUCCGUCAGCAGUAGAUCCAUCAGCUCCAGCGACGUUGCCACUGUCACCAAUCCUCAUCCGCGCCACAAACGGCAAACACAAGAGUUCCAAGGCAAAGGUAUCGACUGUCGUGCAGCCGGGGGAUAUCGAGGGGUUCUUUGGCAGGUAUGCGGAGGUUUGCAGGGCGGGGAUGGUGGGGAUGAAGAAGAGGGAUAGGAGUGCGAGGAAGAAAGGGAAGGGGAAGGGGAAGGGGAAGGAGAAGGGGAAGGAGAAGGGAAAUGUUUAG